AUGAUUUGGCGGAUCCUCGGAGGUAUCUACUUGGGAGAUAUCGCUGCCACACAGCUGGCUGACGACCUCAACCAAGUGACCCAUGUGCUUCUGAUAGUCAACGGGCCGGUGCUGUUGGCUACUGACAAAUCUCAUUUACACAUUGACAUCGAAGAUGAGCCGCUGGCAAACCUCAUGAAACACUUACCGGAGGCGAUGAAGUUCAUUGAUCUGGCAUUGUUUCCCGAUGGCGAUAAGCUGAAUCCCAAGAAACACCAGGGAGCCGUGCUCGUCCACUGUGCCCAAGCAGUGCUGCGGUCAGUGGCAGUGAUUGUUGCCUACCUCAUGUACAACUACAAGUUGUCCUACAAAAAUGCUCUCUACGCAGUGAAACGGAAAAAGGAAGAUGUAGAGCCUAACGAAGGGUUCGCCGUUCAAGUGGAACAGUUUGGUGCUUGGGACUUUAAGGUUGAUGAAGACUCAAAGGAGUACCUUGAGUUCCUCAUUCAACUCUCGCUUGCCCGUGAUCCUACAGGUGAAGAAUUGCGUCUGAUGAAAGUUUAUAAACCUCGGGAAGCUCGGUAUACUGAACUGUUUGAUUUACGGUGCAAACGGUGUCGCCACACCCUUGCCACUAAUGACGAUGUCGAACCUCACGAACAACCGGGCCCUGACCUGAAACAAGCCAAAUUCAUUAAGACCGCCGGUUGGAAACGGUGGGUCGUGUCCACUGAAGAAGCCCUGAGUGACUGCUCCCACUGGUUCAUGCCUGAACCCGCCGCCUGGAUGGCUCCUGAGCUCGAGUCACAAGAGCUUGAAGGCAAGUUUCUCUGUCCUAAGUGUGAAGCUAAAGUGGGUGGCUACUCGUGGCAGGGGCUGAGGUGUCUGUGUGGUCGGUGGAUGGUACCAGCGAUCCAUCUUAGUACUGCAAAAGUCGAUAAGAUGGUGAAGCUUGAUUUGGGGGCAAUCAAGGUAGAGCAUGAUACGGUUAAGGAAGCGAAACAAGUAUAG